AUGAUUUCACUUCCUGAUCACAUGCAAGUUGGCCCCAACAUAUGGUAUCUUAUUAACUCAGUUUAUCCUAAUAUAGAACAUGGAAUACUAAAUGACGAUUAUUUAAGAGACAGAAUGAUUUUAUUUGCCCGUAAUGAUGACGUUCAAGAUAUUAAUUAUGCUGUUCUUGAUAUGUUUCCUGGAGAUGACC